UAAGAGACGAGGCUCCGCCGAAGCUACUUGGUGCAUAGCGAAGUGAUUUCUAUGGAAGUUCGGAGAUCAGCAAGCUUGUUUAAUGCGAAGAGUUUGGUUAUGUGGCAAGGCUGGACAUGCCAGAGCAGUUGGUGAUGGCCUUGGUGGUGUCAGAGAACGGGGGAAGGGGCAGUGUGUGUGACGUUGAGAUUCUGUUAGGGUUGGAGGAAGAGUUUUGGGGAUGGCGAUGGGAUACGUCAUUGUAAAAUGAAUUUCGAGUGAGUUAAGUCGGAGGUCUUGAAGAGGGUUGUGGAGUUGGAGCAGUUGCAUGAAGCGUGCAGCUAUGAUCGUAGAGUUCUUUUUGUGUAGCGUGGAUGGUGGUAGAUUCAGCCAACUGAAAGUGGUUUCGUUGGAAUUGAUUCAUAUGUACAGUGUAAUUGGUGUUUAUAGAAGGUUGCGAGUGCGGCAGGGCGUUUGGGAAAUUGUUCAGAGUAGGUGUGGAUGCUUUCAUUAUGGUUCGAUAAGAGGAACGAUAGUAUUUUAUUUUAUUUUAUUUUUCUUUACGAUUUUAUUGAUCAAGUUUCUGAGUUUUCGUUUCUGCACCGAGCAUAUGCUUCCGCAAAUUUAGAUCUUAGCGGAUUGGUUUAUGUGUCGAGGGUAUGGUUCAUUCUCUUCCCUGUCGCUUCGAUUCCCGAGAGAUUUCGUGCUGGUCUUUGAGCAUUACGUUCGUUACUCCUCUUCCCUUACAACGCAGGACCCAAGUCUGAAAGAAAACGCAUGGCUUGUUUGGGGCAUUUCCUUUUUCUUGCUAGGACCUUCACUACAGCCAAUCUGCGCCAACAGCCCUCUUAGGAAUGAAUCGUCACCAGUUCGGAUGAUUAAGUAUUUUCCAAUGACGGGCUUCCUGUGUAAUUUCAGUAGAGGUUGUUUAAGACGUGAAUUCAGCAAUGUGUAGGCCCGGUGGGUUCGUAGAGACUGAAAUAUUUUCACGGUAUGCUGGAGGCGUAGGCGGUAGUCCAGUGACUGACGUAUAAGAGUACGUGGCUCUUUGCAAGUUACGGGCAUGUUGCAGGUCCGACGAAUCGAAGAUUAAACCUCAUUAAACCAGAUUAAACGAGGAUCUAGCGUGUACUCGGCUACUGUUAUUCACGCUUAUGCUCUUAUCAUUGUUAACUAAACCUUUGGCGAGCAGUAGUACUUUUCGGCAAUCCUGAUCACGAAGUUUCUGUGGGGAGCUUGUGGAGGAAGUAGCGAUGCGUAUUAGAAAAGAUGGAGGGCUUAGAAGUAGCAAUUUGACAUGGAACAGGGUUCUGGUACUCUGCUUCGCAAGUUUCUCUGUUGGAUUUCUUUUCACAAAUAGGAUGUGGCCUAGUCCAAAUACAGAUGAAUCGUUGAGGGUUGAAUGUGACCCCAAUGCCAAGCUUGGCUUUGGAGUCGUGGCACAGAACAACAUUCUCAAAAAAGUGUCGCGUACCCACCAAGUCAAUCAAACACUCGAUGGGGGGAUCUCUUCCUUGGAGGUGGAACACUCAACUGCUCGUUCAAAGGAAGGGGCCCUUAUCGGGAGCGACUCACGGCCUGUUAUAACACAUGAAAAUACCAAAGUAGACUUGCCUGCAGAUGAUCGGCAGAAAGCCUUUGUUGUGGUGGGAAUAAAUACGGCAUUUAGUAGUAGGAGGAGGAGGGAUUCAGUGCGGGAAAGUUGGAUGCCCCAGGGGGUCAAGCUGAAGCAACUGGAAGAGCAGAAGGGGAUAGUCGUGCGUUUUGUUAUCGGGCACAGUGCAACUCCAGGUGGUAUCCUUGAUAGAGCCAUUGAAGCUGAGGAUGCUCUGCACGGUGAUUUCCUCCGGCUUCACCAUAUUGAAGGAUAUCAUGAACUCUCAAUGAAGACGAAGAUAUAUUUCGCAACUGCUGUCAAGAAAUGGGAUGCUGAUUUUUAUGUGAAAGUGGAUGACGACGUGCAUGUCAACCUUGGCGUGCUUGGGACAACGUUGGCUAGACAUCGUUCAAAGCCGCGUGUGUACAUUGGCUGCAUGAAAUCUGGUCCUGUUCUUAAUCAAAAGGGGGUGAAGUACCAUGAGCCCGAGUAUUGGAAAUUCGGAGAAGAGGGAAACAAGUAUUUCCGGCAUGCGACAGGGCAGAUAUAUGCAUUGUCCAAGGACUUAGCCAACUACAUCGCUGUGAAUCAACUCCUUUUACAUAAGUAUGCUAAUGAGGAUGUAUCUUUGGGUGCAUGGAUCAUCGGCUUGGACGUUUCCCAUGUCGAUGAUCGGAACAUGUGCUGUGGGACUCCUCCUGACUGUGAAUGGAAGGCCCUAGCAGGGAACAUCUGCGUGGCUUCCUUUGAUUGGACAUGCAGUGGAAUCUGCAAGUCUGUGGAGAGGAUAAAAGAGGUGCAUCAAAGAUGUGGGGAAGGUGACGAUGCCGUGUGGAGUGCUGUGUUUGUAUAGAAUUUCCUUUGUGAUCCACCUUGGUGACCCCUGUAGCAUGUAGGCUGAAGUCAGUACCCAACUCAGAAUUUCGUCGUAGAUAUUUAUGGUGGCUGCUGAAGUAGUUGUAAGUGCCGUUGCCCCCAGUGUAUUCAUUAUGUUAAUCAGUUACUCCCAAUGAAUGUAUCAGUAGAUUUUUUCCAUUUCUUUACUGCACGGCGUAGAGACGGAUCAAUUUCUGAAGACAAGCUGGAACAUGUCUUUAGAAUUCCUUCAUUUCCCAGUUUGCAGCAAUGGGUGAUAGCUUCUGUUUUUUCAAUGCAACAAUUUUUGGAAUCUAGGCGAUGUGAAAUCCAGGUAGUCUUCAUCUUCAAUCAACUUCAGCUCCCUUGUUAUCUAGUUUCAGUUCCAUAUCAAAUGAGAUUUGCUUUAGUCGGCACAAACUCUGGAAAGCAAUAAUGUAUCACACACAAACUUGAAAUGAAGUUUUUGUUGGAUCA